AAGCAUGCAUCUUUGUAUUCUCAGCCCGUGCUGGUAUCUGGUGUCCAUAAGAAGUUGAAGUCAGAGCUUUGGAAACCAGAAGCUUUCAGCCUGGAAUUUGGAGAUCAAGAUGUAGAUUUGGUGAACUGCAGGAACUGUGCCAUAAUUUCAGACGUGAAAGUGCGUGACUUCUGGGAUGGCUUUGAAAUAAUAUCUAAGCGGCUCAGGUCAGAGGAUGGUCAGCCAAUGGUACUGAAGUUAAAGGAUUGGCCUCCAGGGGAGGACUUCAGAGAUAUGAUGCCUACAAGGUUUGAGGACUUGAUGGAAAAUCUUCCUCUUCCUGAAUAUACAAAGAGAGAUGGCAGAUUGAAUUUGGCUUCUAGACUGCCAAGCUACUUUGUCCGUCCUGACUUAGGUCCCAAAAUGUACAAUGCCUAUGGCUUAAUCACUGCAGAAGACAGACGAGUUGGUACAACAAAUCUGCAUUUGGAUGUGUCUGAUGCUGUGAAUGUCAUGGUGUAUGUUGGAAUUCCCAUCGGGGAAGGGACUCAUGAUGAUGAAGUUUUGAAAACAAUUGAUGAGGGUGAUGCUGAUGAUGUAACAAAGCAGCGAAUCCAUGAAGGAAGGGAAAAACCUGGAGCAUUGUGGCAUAUCUAUGCUGCCAAGGAUGCUGAAAAGAUACGGGAACUUCUCCGGAAGGUUGGAGAAGAACAAGGCCAAGAAAAUCCCCCAGAUCAUGACCCUAUUCAUGACCAAAGUUGGUAUUUGGACCAGACCUUACGUAAGAGACUGUAUGAUGAGUACGGUGUACAAGGCUGGGCAAUAGUGCAGUUCCUAGGAGAUGCUGUGUUCAUUCCCGCAGGUGCUCCCCAUCAGGUUCAUAAUUUGUACAGUUGCAUUAAAGUGGCAGAAGAUUUUGUAUCUCCAGAACAUGUGAAGCACUGCUUCCGUCUGACCCAGGAGUUCAGACACCUGUCUAAUACUCAUACAAACCAUGAGGAUAAACUACAGGUGAAGAACAUUAUCUACCAUGCAGUGAAAGACGCUGUUGGCACACUGAAAGCUCAUGAAUCCAAACUAGCUAGAUCAUAGGAACUGCUACGUCCAAGAACCCUGUGAAGUAAGCCUUUUGCUCACAGUAUAUACAGGAACUGCACCUGUCUGCCUCUGCAGGAGUAGAGGCUUCUCACUGAGAGCUGGUGUGGUUCAUAUUAUACACUCUUCAGCUACUGUUUUCUACGCUGCCUCAACACUGAAGGUCUAAUGGAAGGUUGCACUUCUACAUGCAGAAUUCCAGAUUCUAAUGAAAGGUGACAUGUCCCUUUCUUGUGGCCUUUUGCAAAUUGGAAGAACAUGGAAACCUCUUCGUGUUCCUACAUAUUAUGGCCAGAAAUGGUGAAAAGAGUGUGGAUGUCUUUCCUCAUGCCUAGUUAGUCUCCUUGAAGGUAGCAAAAUUUGCUGGAGGUGGGUCAUUCUACUGCAGACUUAGCUGGUAGCUGCUGAAAGAGUGUGAGUAACAGUAGCCCAACUGCAGAAAUUUACGUAAAUUUCCCAUGUGAGAUACAGGCCAAGGAAAAAGAACUAUUCUCUGCACUCCCCUUUUUGCAGCCAUUUCCCUAUACACUGUAGAGUUGCAGAACUAAAGGGAGAACCCACUUUUUUUUCCCCAGGAGACUCCGGAAACAAGAGAAUUGUGUAUUUAGUGAAAAACUAGGUUUGUAGUUAAACAGUUAAUAUUUCAUGAAAGUAGAUAUUUUUAGUAUUUUUGAAGUACCACAACUGUUCUUGGAUUUUCAAGGAAAGGUGUAUUAUGUUUAGUCUUCCUUUCAAUAAAAUCAAGAAGUGAUUUUUAGAAAGCAGUCCAAAAUAGCACAAAAACAGCCAAAGGAGAGUGAAUAGAAAUUGACAACCCACCUUCCUUACCCAUAUUCCUCACUUGUCUUCUCCCGUCUCCCCACUGCUUCCACAGAAUGAGAAGUAAAAAGGAGUUGGAACUCUAUUCUCACGUAGAGAUGUUGUACAUCUCUACCUGCACUGGUAACUACAGGCAAUAGUUUUUCAAGUACCAGUGCUAGCUGAAAACAUUUAUCCUUUCAAAAGUGAAGGAAAAGUUAUCCUUCGAGUAUCAACUUUGUCCAGAACUAUUUUAAGUAAAACGUUCCUGCUUGAUAGAACUGUAUUCAGAUUUUAAUAAUGUCAGCAUUGAUGCAAUGGAUUUCAUUGUCUGGGUACAUGGGGAAAUAUAUCUACCUUAUAUCCAGCUGUACUGUAGUGCCACCUGCAGGCCUGUUAAUACGUUCACGGUUAUUUCAUUUUUUUUAAAUAAAAGUCAUUUACUGUAA